UGCUUUGCUCUUCAGUUCGCGUUAUUUUUAGGCCGCCUCAGUAGAUUUUUUUCGGUUCACAACGCUAGCGCGCCAAAUGCGUGUUUUUCUGGCUAAAAUAGGAUAAAUUCCAUCAAAACACGCACUUUUUUCACUUAUAAAACACAACUCACACGCAGCGCAAACGAAAUUUAAGGUGCCAACAACAACAACAAUAAAAUACAACUGUAAUGAGGCUUCUCUAUGUGUUCGGUCUGAUUUUGGCCGUUCGUCUUGCAUCCGUUUUCGUGGUCAAAACGUAUUUUGUGCCGGAUGAAUAUUGGCAGAGUCUGGAGGUGGCACACAAGCUGACAUUCGGCUAUGGUUACCUGACCUGGGAAUGGGUUCAAGGCAUUCGCAGCUAUGUUUAUCCCUUGGCCAUCGCUGCUCUUUAUAAAUUGCUGGCGCUGCUGCAACUGGACAGUGCCCAGUUGCUGGUGCUGUUGCCACGCUUAUUGCAGGCACUGUUGACCACUUACUCGGACUAUCGGUUCUAUGUCUGGACGGGCAAACGCAAGUGGGCAUUGUUUUUGAUACUCGUGCCUUGGUUCUCCUUCUACACGGGUUCCCGCACGCUGGCCAAUACACUGGAGGCUUCACUGAUUACCAUCGCACUUAGCUAUUUUCCCUGGCAUGGCGAGGGCACGGCGUAUUUGUGGCCAGCUGCCAUCUGUUGCUUCCUGCGUCCCACGGCGGCGAUUAUUUGGCUGCCAUUGACCGUGUAUCAUCUGCGCAAGAGCCGCUUGUCCGUGCUGGAGCUAAUCCUCAAGCGUUUCUUUGUCAUUGGCUUACUCGUUGCUGGAGUUGGCAUUGCCAUUGAUACUUACUGGCAUGGUCAGUUGGUGGUGACACCGUGGGAGUUCCUCAAGUACAAUAUUUUCAACAACAUUGGCAGCUUCUAUGGCUCGCAUCCUUGGUAUUGGUACUUUAUAUCUGGCCUGCCCACAGUGCUGGGCAUCAAUACACUGCCCUUCAUCUUUGGCCUCAUCCAAACUGUACGGAAGACUGAAAAGUUUCCGGUUAGCAAACAGUUGUUGAUUGCCAUACUGGUCUCCCUGUUGGUACUGAGCACCGUGGAGCACAAGGAGCUGCGUUUUGUGUCCUCAUUGCAGCCACUGUGUCUGUACGUGGCAUCGGAUGUUCUCUCCCGCUGGAGCUAUAAGGCAUCCCGUACUAAACUCUGGUUGGCAGCCUUCUUUAUUCUGUUGCUCAAUGCGCUGCCUGCUUGGUAUUUCAGUACCAUUCACCAGAAGGGACCCAUUGAGCUGAUGCCCAAGCUGCGGGACAUUGCCCAGGAUUACCGUGACGAGCGUGAUCAUCGCGCAAACAUACUCUUCCUGAUGCCCUGCCACUCCACGCCUUAUUACAGUCACAUUCACGAAAAUGUUACCAUGCGCUUCCUGACCUGCGAGCCCAAUCUGAAGCAGCAGGAGAACUUUAAGGACGAGGCCGAUCGCUUCUAUGACGCACCAAUGCACUGGCUCCGCUCCCACAUUCCGGUGCAUCCCCGCACUGCGCUUCCCUCCCAUGUGGUGCUCUUCGAUUCACUCGGCGACAAGAUCAGCGAAUUCCUAACCAACUACAAGCUGCUGCACAAUAUUGAGCACGCUGAGGUAAACAAGUUGAGCGAUUCACAGGCUCUGCUUAACGAAUGGUCUUCGGCGUUGGGCACGAAACCUCCUAACCUCACGUCUCUCCUGCAGUUUGUGGAGUCACGCAUCGGCAAGUCAAUCCUGGUCUAUCAGCGUCUGCAGUCCGGCGAGGAUAAUGCAUUUAAUCGCAAAGAGUUCCAAGAAGCAGAGCCUGCCAUGGAGCCGGAAGCUUUACCGAGCGAGAACCUUUUUAAUUAGUUGAAAGUACUUAGCUGGCAUUUUACAUAGUUAACAGUCAAGCAAAUUUUAAGAAUGUCAUUUAUAUUUUUCAUUUUAAAACAGAAGACUUGAAGAGUUAUUUAGCCCUCCGUUCAAAGUAAGAAAAGCAAUCAAUUGAAAUUAACAGUACAAUGAUAUUUUUGUCUGGCCUUAGCACAGUUUUUAAAACGUUUACAAAUGAAAUAUGUAGUGAGUGAACACGUUUUUGUAUUUUGUGGUAGUUUUCAUAAUUUUUAUUAAUUAAUCAAUUUUGUAUUAGGCUAAUAUGUCAGAAGUGAGGCAAUAUAUAUAAACAUAUAUAUAUGUAUAUAUAGUAGAAGACAUAAUAAAGAUUAGCUGUCCUUUCUUUAGUGUUUCAAAUAAAGGUUCAGUCAUCAAAGCCAAAUAAAUCGUAAUUGUUUUAACUUAAA